AUGCACGGUGUGCCCUCUCAAGAAUGGCAAAUGUCAUUUGAUGGAGUUUCGGCAUAUCUCAAAACACAUAGCACAAGGAAUCCACGUGCGCUACCAUCCACAGCACCCGUGCCAGUGGCAGAUAAUGGGCACUCCGAAUCCGAGCUUUUGAACAAAAUGAUUGGCAACCGCACGUUCGGGUUCGACAAGGGUCCUUUGGACUUAUUCACAGAAGUCAAGGCAAUUAUCGCUUCGGGAGAAGUACCCUUCUCAACACCACUUGCCCCGAUCAACGACGAGCAAGAACUUUCUGACGACAACACACCUGAUUUUGGGAUAGAGCUCCCUGAUGAUAUCCACGAAAGAACGAACAUCAAGGACACUGUCUCGCUGGACAAUCCAGCGUAUCCCUGGCCAUCAAAAGCGCAUUUCGUGACCUCUCUCCUUUUCAGCUCUCCGCGUCUCCCAUUUUCUGAUGCCCAGAAGAGGGCAGUCCUCAGUUGGGUGCAAGAGCUCGGCGCUCGAGAUGUCCCCUCACUUGGCGCCAUCAAGAAAUCCCAUAUGUAUCUGGAUACUCUUGUCGGCGAUCCGACAGAGAAGGUGACAGCUCGUUCUGGGAAUGUAUUUUACAUCAAUGAUGUUGCGAAAUUGAUCGCAAAGGACUAUGCAAAUCCACUAACUCAUUUUGCAAUGCAAGACUAUCCGGAAGAUAGCGGGGAGGGAAUGUCGCAAGUGUUCAACGGCAAGAAGAUGUUGCUUGAUCUGCCCUCACCACCUGCAGUUCGUGUGGAUGGAAUGAUCUAUUUCACAGGUGAACUAUUACAGGAUGAUUCUGGAGGGUAUUUUAUACCGGAGCGCUUUUUUCAUGCCGCGCUGCCUGCAGAUUUGAGUGACGGCGACUCUGACCCAUGCGAGCAGUCAGAUGAGAAGGCCUUAUAUGCACUUGGUCGGGUGGUCGAACGAACGGAGGCCAGAUUCAUCGUUAACGAGGAAUGUGAACUUGAUUGUGGCCUCACGCCUUCAUCGGCCAAAUAUGCAUCGCUUUCUCCGAAUCCGCUGCAUGAGAAGUCUAACGGCCGGAUGGUCCAUAUGGUUCCCCUCCUCAUUUUUAUGGACAAUGUUUCUGGCAAUGUCUCAAAGCAAUGGAACAAACACCACACAAUUUACAUGUCAAAUGCCAACCUACCACGUGAGAUGCUCAAGAAGGAAUUUUUUGUUAACGCUGCCACAUCUGGUAUUGUCGCCUGGGAUUGCAAAUACAAUGAAGAGGUUUUGUUGAUUCCGUAUGGGCUUUUCCUGGCUGGAGACAAUCCCAUGCAAGCAGAAGAAUGUAGCCACGCGGGCUUAAACUGCAACUAUUUUUGCAGGACUUGUGAUAUUGGUGGGACGAAAGAACACAAGGCGUCUGGUGAUGGGUACAGCAGCCUUUUCAUGUCGGGCAAUCUACGAACCCCCGAAAAUACGAUGGCAGAGAUCCGACAACAGUUUGAGAUUGCGUUGAAGUCAGGAGCAUCGGAGAAGAUCAAGAAUUCAGUGUCAUCGACUGGUGUUUGCGAUUCCGCUUCUGGUUUGAUCCUUAACGCAUUAGUGGAACUCGGGAAGAAACUUCGAAAGUGUGCGGCCAGCACCCAAGCAAUGCCUGAAGCUGAAGUUACAGCUGUCCUUGAGAAAGAGUUUGCGGAACUUUUGCAAGGCAACAAGCUUGAUGACACUAUUAACCCGUUGUUGGGGAUGGAAGGUCUCGAUAUACACUUGGACACUCCGACGGAAAUUCUGCAUACAAUACUGCUUGGCAUUGUCAAGUAUUUUUGGGGGCAAACCGUUUUUUUGCUUGACAAGGCAAAGCUCAUGGGCAUCUUUCAGAUCCGUCUCAACUCUGUUGAUAAGGACGGACUCAAUGCUCCAUGCUUGAAUGCAGACUACGUCUGCCAUUACAAAGGUAGUCUGAUAGGAAAACAUUUCAAAAGCUUGGUGCAAGUGAUGCCAUUUUUAAUUUAUGACCUCGUCCCUUUGACUGUUCUCAAUGUGUGGACUGUGAUAGGAGAACUCGUUGUACUCGUCUGGCACACAAAAAUUGUAAAUACAGAAGCUUAUCUUGCAAAGUUGUCUCGAACGAUUCAAGAUUUUCUUAAUGUCACAGUGCACAAUCGCCAGGCACCAAGCCACAACACUUGCCGAGUAUUUGCUCAUCAAGAUGCCAUCAAGCAUAUCGUCACUGGCGGGUAUUGGUAUGAUAACAAAGCCUCGAAAUGGGUCCGGGGAGGAGCACAAAUUCUAGGGUAUCUUGACGAACACCCAGAGCAAGCACAAUUGCUUGGGUUAUCAGUCUUCAAUCGCAGUACUCCGAUACCUGGUUCCAGGAAAACUCAGACUACUCUUGGCACUAACAGAAAAACAGCAAGAGAUAACACAGUGGCCUGGAACGAAACUCAUUGCUGGAAGAUUCUAAAGACUGCGCAGCCUGGCGUUGUUUACUAUCAAGGCAAAUCGGUUGUAGCGAGGGAAGGGGAUGUCGCAUAUCUGAAUAGUCAUGUUAUCUUCCGUCGAGCAACAGAUGGACAGCUCUUUUCGUUCACAGACGCUUUGCACGCUUCUGUCCAUCUACCCUGUCUGAACCUGACCGACGAUGAGAUUGUCACGACGGCGGUGUGUACAGAGACCCUCCAGCAACCUGUGCGCCAAGAACGGCUCGAAACUUCUCGUAUGAAACCUAUCAUUCGGCACAAGUCAACCCCACACUACUUCAUCAACGCCUACUCUAUUCAUAACUACAAUCAUAUCCAUCUUGUAAUUCCCGAGACGCUCCGUGAAUCGCCACUGAGAGUUACGAAUGUGGCAGAGGUUCAGGAAAUGGCCGUGCGACAAAUGAAGCAGAAGAAGGCUUUGAAGAAAUCCGGUGACACACCCCAAUUAGAUGACCAUAUGGAGCACAAUACCCAGGUCCCUCUGGUUGCAGUUCCUACCUUUGAUCGGGCCCCUCCCAAGUCAAGGACAACUGUGAAAUCAAAGGCAAAGGCAACCACUUCCAGCACACAAAGGAAGGCAGCAACAUCGAAGACCAGUCAAAUGAUUGCCGGUCCCUCUAGCCAGCUUCCAUCUGUCCAGCAAGAUUCAAUGGAUUCCCUCCCCCCCAAUACUACCACCCUCCUCUACACCAUUCACAACUUCCUCCACCACAGUUAUAUGGUCCUGCUGCCACCAGCUCCGUAUCUCUACCUAGGGGGCUCACAGCAACGUCACGAGGUUAUAGAAAGGUCGUAUACCACAACAGCAGCACCUGUACUCCCAUCUACACCCCCACCCACAAUGGCAACAGCAACAGCACCUGUACCCUCAUCCACACCCCCACUCGCAACAGCAACACCAACAGCACCCUCAUCCACACCCCCGCCCACAGCAUUAGCAGCAGUAGCACACUGCACUCCUCCGUCAUAUCAUGAUUGCAGCUCCUCUGCCGUUUUUCGUCAACCCAUACCGCAGCAGCAGCACGCGGUUCACCAGAUGAAGCUGCACUCCUCCGUCACCAUCGCAGCUCCUCUCUGUGCUUGUCACCAACCCGCACUGCAGCAGCACGGCUCACUCACCAGACGAAGUUCCACCCCCCCAUCACAAUCACAGCUUCUUUCUGGCAUCUGUCGCCAACCCACACUGCAGCAGCAGCAGCAACAGCAACAGCAACAGUGUGGCUCACCGGGCAAAGUUUGA